CGCCGGCAUCAGUCGGUCGCGGUCCGCGUUCGGCGCAUGACGUCUCCGUUUGGAUUACGUGCUCGCCCGCCGCUCGGUUGCCGGUACAACACAACUGAGAAGGCCUACAAGCACAUGGACUCCUCGAUCUCCAGAAUCAACGCUUUUAGCCUGGCCGCAAGAGCACGACUUCGUCGUGAUGCCGUUUGCAGCCGAAUGCUAUUGUGCGAAGCACUCAGAAUGUUACCAAGCACAUAGAACAGCGUCUGCGCGUAAUGUGUUCCAGGUAGACCAAGAACUCUUCAGUGGAUGGAGGUAAACACGGAAUACCCGUCACUUUGUGAUGACUGAAGCAGACGCUUUCAACGCGUCCACAGAAGACCCACCCCACGGCCACGAUGCAGCGGACAACGUCACAGCACUCCUAAACAACGUCACCGAUGCCGUGGCCACGGACGAAAUGAUGGGCCCUCGCUACCACAAGCGGGUCCGCAUAGUGAUCAUCGUCACCAUGAUCAUCCUUUCGGUGGUCGGCAACACGGUCGUCUGCUGCAACCUCCUCGUGAAGCAGCGCCGUCGACGAGUGUCCAAGGCGCGCGUGCUCUUUCUGAACCUGGCCAUAGCGGACCUUCUGGUGGCCUGCAUCACGAUGACGUCGCAAGUAGUGUGGGAAGUGAUGGGCCGGCUGUGGAUCGCGGGCGACGCCUUCUGCCGCUUCUUCAAGUUUCUGCAGACGUUCGCGCUCGUCUCGUCCACCUACAUGCUUGUGGCCAUUGCUAUAGACAGGUACAUCGCCAUCGCCACGCCGCUAGCACCUAGCACGGAUCCGUGGAAGCUAGCUGCCCUGACUUGGUUGACUUCGUGCAUGCCGUCGCUGCCGAACGUUUACGUCUUCCACAGCGUCGAAGUAGCGCCCGGCAAGUGCUUCUGCGCGUCCAUCUUCUACGACCGCGACACGCCGCUCUACCACCGCCAGAUAUACAUGGGGUUCGUGUUCUUCACGGUGUUCGUCGUGCCACUAGUGCUCCUGAUUGCAUUCCACGCCGGAAUACUGUGGGCCAUUUGGAAGCACACUGCGAUCAACCGGCACAUAAGCCCGCAAACCACUUCAUCGCUACCUCGAGCUAAGGUGAAGACGUUGAAGUUGACGGCCGUGGUGUUCGGCGCCUUCCUGGUGACCAACGUGCCCUACAUGGUGCAAGAGGCGAUCCUGGCCUACGGCAACCCGGGCAUCCUGGACGCCAACGUGGUAGCACUCUUCGGCGUGAUAUCGGCUUCUAACAGCGCCAUCAACCCGUACAUCUUCCUUUAUUUCCAGCGGCCACACAGAGACAUUGAGAACGGUGGUGGCUUCUGGCGGACCGCGGCUCGCAUGGUCCGUGAUUCGCUCACAUGUCGCCUGCUAGCCCGGUCCCGCGCAGGCUCUCAGAUGUCCACCGACCCGGAGGACACUUGCAACCCGAUGCGCCAGUCGAAGAUUUCCAUGGCGAGGAGCGGCAACCCGGCAGCUACAGACACUCCGCCGAACAUGAAGAGCCGUGCCACGUGCUGAAGGUGGUGGCCGUACAACGUCGUUUUCCUGUGUCGACGUUCUUGAGAAGUGUGGUUGCCCCGUGGCUAGCGUUCAUUUGAAGCAUGUAAACUUGCGAGUGUGCUCCGAACAGCCGACGAACCGAAAAGAGAGAACUGGUGGCGUAGCCCCUCUCCUCAAUUUCAUCGUCUGGCAGGGAACGUUCAAAGUAAUUCUAAAUUUCUAAACGAACGCAGUGUGGUUCCUGACAACAAAGUACUCCAGAGAAUACCAACUUGGAAGUGGGACAAUUUGCACACUGGAACGUAGUUUGCAAGUUUUCAGGCGGAAAGGAAAACCAGCUCAUUGAGUCGUCGUGUUUUUUCUUUAGUAAGUCGGAAAGGUGUCAGAAGACGGCUCAAGAAAGAAGACAACAGAAGUUGCCGAGGUCGAGGCUUGUACUCGGGAAUGACGCUGGCCCAGAGUUCCCACAACAUUAGUUUGCAUUCCAUCACUGCAUUGCUUUUUUAACCCCUGCUAUAAGCAAAGGGGCGUGAACAGUGUGUUUGCGCUGCGGGUACGCCGUUCAAACCAGUGCACAGCGUGGUCUUCCGGGACGAGAAGUGCGGGCUCAGUACUUGUCUUGGGCGCGAUGCCCUGCGAGAUAUAUGGUUUAAUGUCACAACUCUUCUUGCAGAGACAAAGUAAAGCGAGAGUUGGAAGCAGUGAUUGCUUAUGAGACAUUUUCGUGAUCCUCUUAUUU